AUGGCAGAGGAACGGACUGAGCUGGAGGAGAGGAUCAUCAUCAAGGACCAGCACACCAAGGAGAUCGACCUGGUGAACAGAGACCCAAAGCAUAUAAACGAGGACGUCGUCAAGGUGGAUUUUGAGGAUGUGAUAGCUGAGCCUGUGGGAACGUACAGCUUUGACGGCGUCUGGAAAACCAGCUACACCACCUUCACCGUCAGCAAGUACUGGUGCUACCGGCUGCUCUCUGCCAUCCUGGGCAUCCCCCUGGCAGUCGUCUGGGGCUUCCUCUUUGCCCUCAUCUCCUUCUGCCACAUCUGGGCAGUGGUGCCCUGCAUCAAGAGCUACCUGAUAGAGAUCCAGUGCGUCAGCCGCAUCUACUCCCUCUGCAUCCACACCUUCUGCGACCCGCUCUUUGAGGCACUCUCCAAGAUCUGCGGCAACAUCAGAGUUGCUCUCCGGAAGGAGAUCUAGGUCCCCACAGCCACCCCAACCAGCCCUCGCACAACCACCCCUCUGCGCAGGUUUCCCUGGCUCCUGCAGUGUGCCCUGCCCUCGGGCACACGGACACCCGUGCCCAGGGACCUGCGCAGUGCAGCGGGGCCCCGCGGCAGAGCUGGCUGUCGGGGAUGCUCCCUGCAGACGGAGGCAUGCCAGGCGGCCCCUUGCUCCAUGCCAAAGCCAGCAGCUUUAGGAGAAGAGAAGCCCGUUGAGGCUUGGCGAGCCCUCUGCCCUCCAGGACCCCCGUCAUCGUGCCCCGCUCCUGUGGGAGGGACCGCAGCGUCUCCUGGACCACAGCCCUGGGCCACAACCUGCAGCUGCAGAGCGAGAAGCGAGGGUGCAGAGAUGCUGCUGGACAACAGACCAAACCCUGCCUGCUUCUCCAUCCCUUCAGUCUAGCAUGACACUAAGAGAAAUACUU